GCGUCACAUGACACGGACCAGGAAGUAAUGACCCUACCAAACACGGAGCAACGGUCGGCUGUGCCAUGGCGUACGGAAUACAUGUUUUUUUUUUAAUAUCUGUAAGGUUUUUUCAAGUUUCGUGCUUUUCACAAACCUAUUAUCUUAACGACACAGAGGGACAAGUGUUUGAUGGAAUCGGAGGAUUGAGUGGUGGAGGUGCGACGACACGUUUACUCGUCAAUUAUGCGGAGCCCUACCGAAGCCAGAUCCUCGAUUACCUUUUUAAGCCAAAUUUUGGUGCCUCUUUGCACAUCCUUAAGGUUGAAAUUGGAGGGGACGCUCAAACUACUGAUGGGACGGAGCCGUCGCACAUGCACUAUGAGGAUGAUGAGAACUACUUUCGAGGGUAUGAAUGGUGGCUGAUGAAAGAGGCAAAGAAGAGGAACCCAAACAUCACGCUUAUCGGCUUGCCUUGGGCAUUUCCUGCUUGGGUGGGCCGCGGAAAGCAGUGGCCUUACGAAUUCCCAGACAUCACUGCAACAUACGUAGUGAAGUGGAUCCUUGGCGCAAAGCAGUUCCACCAGCUCAACAUCGACUAUGUUGGCAUUUGGAAUGAACGCAACUUUGACAGCAAGUACAUCAAGCUACUGCGGUACAAUUUGGACAAGAGUGGCCUGGAGAAUGUUAGGAUCAUAGCCAAUGACAACCUGUGGGAGCCCAUUUCCCAGUCUCUUCUGCUGGAUCCAGAGCUCAGCAAUGCUGUGGAUGUGAUAGGGGCCCACUACCCCGGCACAACCACUGUCAUGGAGGCCCUGAAGACAAGGAAGACACUGUGGUCUUCGGAGGACUACAGCACGUUCAACGACGAUAUCGGAGGAGGCUGUUGGGCGCGCAUUCUCAAUCAAAACUACGUUAACGGAUUCAUGACUGCUACCAUUUGCUGGAACCUCAUUGCCAGCUACUACGAGGCGCUGCCGUUUGGCAGAGAUGGUCUUAUGACGGCGGCCCAACCCUGGAGUGGCAACUAUGUUGUGGAGUCGCCCAUCUGGCUGACAGCGCACACGUCGCAGUUCACCAAGCCAGGCUGGACCUACCUGAAGACUGUUGGACAUUUGGCAAAUGGUGGAAGUUAUGUGGCCCUGACUGACGGCAAGGGAAAUCUUACAGUUAUCAUAGAAACCAUGACCCAUAAUCACUCCUUGUGCAUAAGACCUCCGCUCCCUCCGUACUCAGUGACGUCACAAAACGCAACCUUUCAGCUGGAAGGCCCUUUUUCUUCCAUCAAGGAGUUACAAGUAUGGGGCUCCCGCUUUAAUUUCAAGACAACAAAUGCCACUUUGUUUCAGCGUCAAAGUCCUUUGAAGCUCAAGAAGGGCAAAUUCACAAUAAGUCUUUCCGAAGACGAGGUUUACACGUUGACCACGUUGACGACAGGACAGAAGGGCAAACACCCAGAUCCACCUGCUUCAUCUCCCUUCCCAAAGCACUACACGGACGACUUCAAUGUCCGAGAAGCUGCCUUCUCAGAAGCUCCAAACUUCGCCGACCAGACUGGAGUGUUUGAAUAUUACACCAACCAGCCAGAUUCUGGGCUUCAUACAUUCACUUUGCGUCAAGUUCUGACCGAGCGACCCAUCACUUGGGCAGCGGAUGCGGACCAGACUAUAAGCGUUAUCGGUGACUACACAUGGCAUGACCUGAAUGUCGAAUGUGAUGUCUUUAUGGAGCGUGUAAAGACUGGAGGUGUUUUCAUUGCAGCCCGGGUUGAUAAAGGAGGGCAGACAAUCCGCAGCGCCAGGGGAGUGUUCUUCUGGGUCUUUGCCGAUGGAACGUACAAAGUGACUAAUGACCUCGCGGGUCAAAGCGUUCUGGCCGAAGGACCGUCCGGUACACGAGCCGGUGCCUGGUACACGCUGUCGCUCAGCGUGAGUGGCCAGUUGGCGUCGGGGAAGUUGAAUGGUUAUCCAUUGUGGACGAGCGCCGUGGUGCUGACACCAAAGAAUGGCUGGGUGGCCAUUGGGACGCGCUCCUUUGAACUGGCCCAAUUUGAUAACUUUGCUGUGAAGGCAGGAGGACAAGAGUCCCUCUUGAGCAAGCCUUAUGUUACGAUCGUUUGAACGAAUCGCAGUUGAGGCGCAAAGAUUCAUCGACAACUCAUAGAUUUUGAAAAUGACCAGCAACUGUUCCCAUAAUCGUUGUGGGACCUCGUUUAAAAUCAUCGGUCGGAAUUUCAACCUCGCAGUAGUAAAUGCUCUGAGAUUUACCAUUUUUUUCCAUGUAUAAUGCGCCCCCAUGUAUAAUACGCACCCUAAAAAUGGCAUGUCGAUGCUGGAAAAAAGCCCUGUACCCAUGUAUAAUACGCACCCACAUUGACAUUUUUUUUUUUUUUAUAAAGUCCCAAUGAUCGUCACACGCAUCUGGGUGUGGUGAAAUUUGUCCUCUGCAUUUGACCCAUCCCCGUGUGAUUUUGAUCCAUCCCCUGGGGGAGAGGGGAGCAGUGAGCAGCAGCGGUGGCGCCGCGCUCGGGAAUCAUUUGGUGAUCUAACCCUCCAAUUCCAACCCUUAAUGCGGAGUGCCAAGCAGGGAGGCAAUGGGUCCCAUUUUUAUAGUCUUUGGUAUGACCCGGCCGGGUUACUUAAGUCCGUAAACGUAAAAUUAUUUCAGAUAAAAGAUCAUCUUUGGGAACAACCGGAUGUUAUUCUGCCGGUCAGUAUCACUGCGCAUGCAGUAGCAAACUCGAUAUCGAAUAAAUAUGUGAAACUCUCAACGGGAUCACCAAUAUUUGAGUGAUAUUCCAGUUAUUUAAUCACAAUUAGUUUACCAAGUCUGUGUUUUGAGUUCCUCCAAUAAACCCUGGUCCAAGCUGCACUUGCACAAGCUUGCUCCUUUCCACACUCCAUCCGUGACAAGAUUUUCUUCAAAAAUUGUUGUACCAUGAUUUUCUUAAAAAAAAAAAAUUGUACCCAUGUAUAAUGCGCAACCCAGAUUUUAGGACAACAAAUUUCGCAUUAUACGUGGAAAAAAAAAACGGUAUUUCUGUUGUCGUCCAUGAAAAAAGACUGAUUUUUUUUUUUUUUAAAUAUCUGUGCAAACAUCAGCUUUUAGUUGAGAAAACAAUGAACUAUUUUGCCUGUUUUUGACACAUUACAAACUAAGUGCACUAACCGAAUCCUAAUUAAUUUUUCUGAACUUUCUACACUGUAAAUUUGAAAUAAUGUCUUGUUUUGAAUAAACUUUUUUUAAUCAGAUUCUGUUAUAAAAGACACGAUAAUAUUGCCCGUCAAGAGUUUUUGAUGCACCUCUCAUUACAUUAAUGCAGAUAUACCCAAUUAAAUUGCUGAGAGAAUGAGAGGGAAAUAAAGCGUCCUUUUCUGAU